AUGGAGGAAGAUAACAUAAAUGAAAUUAAUAAAAAAAGAAAAACUGAUAACAAAAAAUAUUUAAAUUAUUAUUUGCAUUCUAAGAGAUUAUACACAAAUUAUGAAAAUAACCCACCUUUUAUAAAUUCUCAGUUCAAUAAUCAAAUUAAAAGUAAUAAAACUUUUAAUGUAAGUGUAGAUCAUAACAACUCUUCUCAACAACAAAAUUUAAAUAAAAAUAUAAACCUAAAUGUAAAACCAAUUUAUAAUAACAAAUAUAAUUCUAAUAAUAAUAAUAUUGAUUAUAAUGAUAAUAACAGUUAUGGCAUUAAUAAUAAUAAAGGAAAUAAAAUUACGCAUCAUCCUUUUUUAAAUAAGAGCUCAAAAGAUAAACCAGAUUUCACUGAUGAUGAAUUAAAUAAGGCUUUUGAGUUAGAAUUACCUUCAAAAAUUUUUAUUAGUGAAAGUUUAAAGAACAAUUAUGCUGAUGAUAUUAAUAUGAAGAAAAAGAUGAAAAAACAGAGAACAGAUAAAGUAGGUUUAUCAUCAAAUGAAUAUAAUAGUUAUAAAGUAGAAAUACAAUCUAAUGUAUCUUAUGAACAUGCUAAAAAAUUACAUCAAUUAUGGAAUAUAUAUGUAAAUGAACUACUUGAACUAUCAAGUAAUAACGAGUUAAGCUUAGAUACAAUUAAUGACAUGGAGUUAAAUGGGGCAUACGUAGAAAUUCAUAAAUCUCGCUGUUCUACUUAUAUUGGAAUAAAAGGAAUAAUAGUCUUAGAAACACAAAACUCAUUUAAAAUAAUUACUCCAAAAAAUAAAGUAUUAAUAUUACUAAAAAAUAAAUCGGUUUUUAUAAUUAAAAUAAAAGAGAGGCUUUAUUACUUACAUGGAAUUCAGUUGAUGCGAGACCCAGCUUUAAAAUCAUCAAAGAAAUAUAAAAUGUUACAAAGUAGAAUCAUUUAA